AUGCCGAAAACAAAGAGCUCUGCUAGCUCAACAAAACAAAAAUCAGAAUCAAAAAAGGAGCAUGUAAGACGUUCAAAAGUAAAGGCAGAACCAGUUCCAUGGGAGUCUGCCACAACUGGCUUAACUCUGGGCCAAUUACCGAAAGAUGCUGAAGGUGAUAUGAUAAUUUCAGCUUCAACAAUGACAAAUGAAAGAUUAGAAGCUAUUUUAGUAUAUUUUCAGAAAAUUUAUCUUCAGCAAACAGGUGAAAGAAUGUCUAAAGAUCAGCUUCGCUUUAUUCGCGAAAAACUGAAAGCUCAAGAAGAACCUGUAUCAGUUGCUUCAUUCGUUUCAAGUACAAUUGCAGAAUUAACUGGAACAGCUACAACAACAAUCGAUCGUGUUGUCAAAUCUCAGAUUGAUAUUAAUGGUGGAAUGCCAAAACCUAGAUCAGAUAUAGAAAAUACUCUUUUCCCAUGUAAAAUUUGCAAUAGACCAGUUUUAUUAUCUCAAUUACCUUUCCACGAAGCCCUUUGCGUGAAAAAUCAACCACCUGGUGCACCAGGAUACACACCAGAGAAUUAA